AUGCACCGAAAUUUUGAGGUUACAAUCGACGUAAUGGUAUGGCUGUAUGUGAAACCCUUUAGACCAACCAAGAAACGUCAUACAAAUAACGUUAAUAACAUCACGGUGUUUCCACCAGCUGCAAGCACUUAUCGACGACUUAAAUUCCAGUCGAGUGUCAUGGGCUUUUCAAAUGGUGAACGCCACUUCAAAAGUACCACUAAAUUUCACUACGUUAAAAUUUGGAGAUUUUGGUAAUUUUCGACAGUGUAUAAAUUCUAAAACAAAUACUUUCCGUGAUGAGGACAUAGUUGGAAAGUAAUUCAUUGGUUUCACAUUUAACAGGAAUUCGACUUUCGAUUCACUACCCUCGAGGCCACCACACUGGGCGCGAUGUGUACCAGAUGGCUGUUACACAGAAGACGUUAAUGUCAUUGGGAAUUCCAUAUUGAUGAGUUCAUUAGGGACCGAAAAGCAUCUUAGAAUCAAAUUUCCAGAAUUUCUCUGCCAAACUCUAGACGACGUAGAAGUACUCCCAGCGGAAGCAAGCUUGACGAUUUUUCUGCUGAUUAUUCUUUCGUUCAUCGUUUUUAUGUCAACUCUGUGCGACGUUUAUGAUUUAAAUGAGUAUUUUUCUCUUUUCGUGCAACAACUCUUUCUUAGAAUUUUGUCCCAUUAUUGUUAGAAGCUUUUCUGCGUACACCCAAGGCCCCUUCUUGUAAAGUCGUUUCAAAGUCCAUGCCAACAAAACUGGUGGUCUUGCCUUUUGUACAUCCAGAAUUAUAUCGACGCCAACAAGAUUGUGAGUACCGGACAAAAUAAUUUAUAAUUACGUCAACAAACAUGCAGUUAUUUCUAACAUCACCUAUGGUACUUUUUGGAUUAUGGAAAUUUACCAAAAUAGCGAUAGUUCUGUUAGGAUGGUGUUGUUUAGUAUCUGCUUUGAUUGGUUUUUAUUCGAUAUGGAGAGAUAAGCUGCCCGCAUAUGUCACAGUACUAAGUUUUAGUCUGAAUAGAUAUAUAUUGAGGCACUUUACAAUUUUUAAUUUGUUUUAUGAAUUUUGGGGUACAGUGCUUUGAUUUCAUUCUUCUUAGUUUUUGCUGUCGAAGCUCCUGUGACACCUUUACUGGGAAGAAUCAGAAGUAAACCACAAAAUUAGAUUUUGGCGUUCUGGUUUGAAAUCAAGUUAAAUAAAAAAUAAUGUAUGAUAAAGGGACAAAAUAAUAUAUUAAUGGGUCAACGUUUAAGAUUAAAUACCUAAUGCGGACGGGUUUUUCCAAGACUUCAUUUACGGGCACCCCCAAUUAGACGUAUUACUGGAAUUCUUUACUUAACGGCCUCUCAGCCGGAUGUUGUAUAUGUUAUACAGAUUGUUCUACAAAUGUAUUUAACGAGGGGUUGGAAGUGAUGGAAAACUAGAAUGGAUUUAUUUCGAGCAUAAAGAAACAUCUUAUAGACCAACAUUGCAGAAUGCCUCUCUCUCUCAAAAGAAAUUGUGAAAAAAGAAACUUAACCAGUGUAACUCAAACACCAAUACGAGAAACUUUAUCUGCUAAUACCGGCAAAAAUCAAAAGGAAACAUUCAAGUUCGAUUUAUGCUACGCCAUGCUUGCCUCGGAUAUUCCAUUAAAUAAGUUAAGUAAUCCUACAUUUCAUUAAUUUUUGGAAAAAUACUGUAAAAGGACCAUUCCAGACGAAAGCACUCUCAGGAAAACAACUGUAGAUAAAUGUUAUACCUAAACUGUUGCUAAAAUUAAGAUACGUUUGCAAAAUAACUUUAUUUACUUUGUUGUACAAAAAGUAAUUUUUCUUGCAUAUUUUACAUGUUUUUUCUGCAUAUAAUUCCGAGCUUUAGUCAAAGCUAGUGUUGCAACUUGACGUAGAAUGUAUAAUAUUUUUCUAGUGGUGUCAUAAAUUUACAUCUAAUAAGCUAUAUUAUUUGUUGAAGGAUGGCGAAAUCACGAUUAUCCUGGAUGGCCUGUAGACAUUAAAAUGUUAAACAAAAAUUGUAAAGUACAAAUAAGUACAGACCAACAUUUGUUUUGUCCAUGAUUUAACAGUCAUGAACUGUUGUUUUGAAAUGUUUGACCAACUGGAACUCAUUAAAGUCGUAUUAUAAUACUUUAUAAUUCCAUUCCGUGAUGCAAAUAAUCGAUUAUCUUUGUUUACAUAAAGUGAGCAGGACUUGGUAUAUAUAUUUUGUGUCUCUUUAGGUUUAAGUUGUUAACGUUGUUGGGUAGAUCAAAAUGGACGUAAACAAAAUUCAAGAAAACGAAUUACGUGACCCUAAUUUUCAAUAUGGUCGUUGGUUGUCCUCUCCUCCAGCUGGUGAAGAAGUGGUCAUAUCUGGCAUGUCUGGUCGUUUUCCAGAAUCUGAUAAUGUCUACGAGUUUCGUGACAAUCUGUUUAACAAAACGCUGAUGGUUACAGAAAAUGAGAAAAGGUGGAAAAUCAAUCAUCCUGAUCUACCGAAGCGAAGUGCUCACAUUAAUAAUAUUAAUAAACUAGACGCUGGUUAUUUUGGGCUACAUUAUCGUCAAGCUGACAAUUUAGAUCCUGGCAUGAGAGUUUUGAUGGAAACGGUCAUGGAAGCUAUUAUGGAUGCUGGAGUAAAUCCGUUAGAGCUUGAAGGAAGCAAAACUGGUGUAUUCAUCGGUUUCUCUUAUUCAGACGUGGAAAAUCUUACCUAUACCAGUAUGACGGAAUCGCAAAAGUUUACCAUUACAGGUUAUUUUAAAUCUUUGUUUGCUCAUCGCCUCAGUUAUUAUUUGAAACUAAAAGGACCAUCAUUCGUGGCUGACACGGCUUGUAGCAGUUCCGGGAAUGCUCUUCAUUCAGCAUUUAAAUCAAUGAGAAGUGGUCAAUGUGAGGCUGCAAUAGUCGCUACCUGCAAUUUGACUAUCCAUCCUGGAACUACAAUUCAAUUUUUUCGGUUAGGAGUUUUAAGUCCGGAAGGAAUACCCAAAGUUUUCGAUCAAGACGCAGACGGUUAUGUUAGAAGUGAGGCUUGCACUUGUCUUUUGCUCCAAAAGUCUAAUAAUGCGAAACGAAUUUACGCACGAAUUGUUAAUACAAAAGUGAACUGCGACGGAUUUAAAAAGGAAGGGAUAACAUAUCCUUCUUCGCAAAUGCAGAAAGAGCUUAUGACUGAAAUAUACAAAGAAAGUGGUAUUAACCCUCCAGAACUGAGCUACGUCGAAACACAUGGCACUGGCACUCAAGCUGGAGAUCCUGAAGAGGUUAAUGCUAUAGACGGGGCUCUGGCGAAGAAAUGUGGAAAAGAGCUUCUCGUGGGAUCAGUAAAAUCAAACAUGGGUCAUACAGAACCUGCAUCAGGUCUGUGUUCAAUUGUAAAAGUACUGAUUGCAAUGGAAACCAGAUCUAUACCACCUAACAUCAACUUGAAAAGAAUUCGAAAAGGACUGGAAGGAAUUGAACAAAAGCGAAUGAAAAUUGUGACAGAAGCCACUGAGCUUUUAGAACAUGAUGCCAUUGUAGGUGUUAACAACUUUGGUUUCGGAGGUAACAACUGUCAUGUGAUAUUGCAAAGGUUUAAAAAACAGAAAAUCAAUGGUGGACUUCCAAAAGAUGAUGUUCCUAGAUUAAUUUGUGUCAGUGGUCGCACUAAUGAAGCGGUUUUGAAAAUUUUAAACGAUGUUAGCAGCAACAACUUGGAUGAAGAAUACGUCGGUCUCCUCCAUCAGUUAUAUAAAAUUAAUAACCCAAAUCAUUUAUAUCGAGGAUAUGCAGUAAUUUCCAAACGUGGUAUUGUAUCCAUGUCAUCCAAAUUAUUGCCUUCGCGCAGACCAUCUUUGUGUGUAUUUUUUGGACAAUUCGUCAAUAAUUUUCACAUACUGGCGUCUUACUUAAAGAAGUUUUCGAUCUUCGAAUACAUCGAAACAAGGGUUAAUCAAAUUUUGGUACACAACAAAGUAAGAACACUUAAAGAAAUUUUAGAAAGAAAGAGAAAUGUAGAUGAAGACACAUUAGGGUCAAUAUGUUUGCAAUUAAUUUUGGUAGAUAUUCUCAAGGAGUUGGAAUUGUUUCCUAUUAGAGUUUUCGGUGAAACUUCUGGCAAAAUCGCUACUGCUUACCAUUAUAACGUUAUUCAACUGAACGAGGCCGUGUCAGCAGCGAUAAAACUUAGUAAAGUAAAUUCUAAUUCAAAAGAUAAAAACAUAUCAAAGGAGGAUUAUUCAAUUUACCCAAAUUCUUAUAAACCAUCGAAAAGCACAGUGGUACUUAAUAUAUCUGAUCUACGUCUCAAUGAUGGAGAUAACUUACUGGUAGAAAAUGGUAGCGUCAAUUUACUGGGUACGUUAGGAAGAUUAUAUACAGAAGGUCAUCUUCCUCAAGUUCAUAAACUGUAUCCACAAGUAGAAUUCCCUGUAAGUACAGGCACCUCCAUGAUUUCACCUUCAAUUCAAUGGAAUCACGAAAAAUCAUGGUAUACCUAUAAAUUUAGUGAAUUUACAUCAUCGGAAGCUGAGCAGAAAGAAUACAGAAUUUCAUACUUACACGAGGAACACCGGUUUAUGAAAGGCCAUUUCAUCGAUGGGCGUAACCUUUUCCCUGCUACCGAAUAUUUACAUUUAGUUUGGCAAACAUACGCACAGAGUCGACGAUUAUUAACCAUCGAUAUUCCUGUCUUAUUUGAAAACUGUAAAUUUAUCAGAGCUGUUACAUUGCCUAAGAGUGGUUACGUAAAAUUGCUUAUAACUAUUCAAAGGGGCACAGGCAAUUUUGAAAUUCUAGAGAAAGAUUCGUUAGUAGUUAGUGGUCGUAUCCAAAUUUGUCCAAAUGCAAACAAGCAACAAAAUAUAUUACCAAAACUUAAUUCCUUCAAUGACGAUAAAUUGGAAAUGUUGGAACAAGACGAAAUUUACCGAGAAUUUUACCUAAGGGGUUACAAUUACAGUGGUUUAUUCAAAUCAAUUAAACGAUGCAAUGUAGACGCUUCUGCCGGUCUGAUUAAAUGGGAGGACAACUGGAGUGCUUUUAUGGAUAAUAUGCUUCAAAUGAAAAUUCUUCAGUCUGACACAAGGUUGCUUUUCGUUCCUGUUGCCAUUAAGAAAAUAAUUAUAGAUCCCAUAAAACACGUAGAAAUUGUCAACCAACAGGAUACAGAAGAAUGUGUUCUACCUGUCUAUGGGAAUAAGAAUUGCAACUUGAUCCAGUCCGGUGGAAUUGAAAUACAUGGAGUCCAAGUAAAAUCUAUUUUCAAGAAAAAACCACCACUGGAACCAGUUUUAGAAAAGAACGUAUUUAUUCCAAACAAUUUAUCGUUAGGAUUAGAAGAAGCCGUGAGAGUCAACACGCAAAUUAUCUUAGAAAAUAGUUUAGAGAACAAUUUCAAAGCUGUGGAAAUCGUAAACGAAUUCACGGAUAUAAAUGCGGAACACAUCUUGGGUUUCGUUAAUAAAACCUUAGAAGAUAUUCCUGUAGUAACUCCAGAUCUAACCAUUUCAUCAGGAACCACGACAAAUGAGACACCUGGAAUAAAAUUUGAAACUGUCACGUUAACAUCUCAAAGUAGCAUCCUUUUGUAUAUUGGCAGUAAAAUUCUAGAACAAUCAAAUGCUUUAAAACAAAUUUUUGCACCCGUUAGCAGAAACGGAUUUAUCCUAACACGGGAAGAUAUUGGCUUCAAUUUAGAAAAAGAUCUUACUGAAGCAGAUAUUCUAACUGAUUAUGUAACACCAAACGAAAGAAUAAUUUUAUUGCGAAGAAAAGUGGAAAAUGUUAAUCAGGAGUUUAUUGAAAUAUCUUCUAGUAGUUUCAACUGGAUUUCAGAGCUUCAAAACGCGUUAAGUGUCGGAAAAGAUGUUAUAGCGUAUGCGACCAACAGAGAUCCCGAAGGAAUACUGGGUUUGAUAAAUUGCAUCAGGCGAGAAACCAGUGGAAAUUUAGUUAAGUGUUUCUUUAUGAUGGACGACGCUCCGAAAUUUGAUCCCCAACAUCCGUUCUACAGUAAACAAAUUAGUAAAAACUUGGCUGUAAACAUUUAUAAGGACAAAUCGUGGGGAACGUAUCGUCAUUUGGUUUUGGAGGAGAGGACGAAGAUUAACUGUGAACAUUCUUAUGCUCAUUUUAAAAGUAGAGGAGACAUAUCCAGUUUCGAAUGGUUAGAGGGGCAUUUAUCUGAAGAAGUACCACUAAAAGAAGGACAACUUUUGGUUCCAACAUAUUAUGCGUCAAUUAACUUUAAAGAUAUAAUGGCGGCCUCUGGGCGUGUAAAUCCUGAAAUGAUACAAUCACAUCGACUUGGCCAAGAGAUUCUAAUAGGAUUUGAAUUUUCAGGAAAAGAUUUAAGUGGGCGUAGAAUAGCUGCAAUGACAAACAAUCAAGGUAUUUCUUCCCAUGUUACUCUCGAUUCUUCCUUAGUUUGGAAAAUACCGGACUCAUGGACACUCGAAGAUGCAGCAACGGUUCCUGUUGUCUAUUCCACUGUUAUUUAUGCUCUUUUAAUGGUUGGCGAUUUGAAACCGGGUUCCUCAGUUCUUAUUCACUCCGCUACUGGUGGUAUUGGAUUGGCUGCCUUGAACAUUUGCUUUCACUAUAAAUGCGAAAUUUAUGUAACCGUUGGCACUCAAGAAAAACGAGCAUAUUUAAAAAAAAAUUAUCCACAAAUUCCAGACAAUCAUAUUGGGAAUUCACGAGACACCUCAUUUGAGCAAAUGAUCCGAAGGGAAACUCGGAAUAAAGGGGUUGACAUGAUUUUGAACUCCCUAAGUGAGGAUAAAUUGCAGGCUUCGAUUAGGUGUUUAGCACGAGGAGGAAAGUUUAUGGAAAUUGGCAAAUACGAUCUGGCAAAUGAUAGUUCUUUGAAUCUUUUGUUCAUGGAAAAAGAGGCUACCUAUCACGGCAUAUUAUUAGAUGAAGUUUUUAAUAACUUUAAAGAAAUGAAGCUUAAGGUGGUUGAACAUUUAAUGGAUGGAAUUGAAGCAGGUUUUGUAAAACCACUUCCCAGGAUUGUGUUCAGGGCAGAUGAAGUUGAAAAAUCGUACAGAUACAUGAUGACAGGUAAACAUAUUGGUAGGAUAUUGAUCAAGCUGCGGAAUGAAGAAGAAGAAGAUAGUGUCAGUAAAUUCCAGAUUAUGUCAAAUCCACGUUUCCACUGUGACGUACGUUACACCUACAUUGUUAUUGGAGGGCUAGGUGGAGUUGGUUUAGAAUUAGGCGACUGGUUGAUUUUGAGAGGUGCAAGAAAACUAGUACUAACUUCAAGAUCGGGUAUACAAAAUGGUCACCAUCAGCAAAGAAUAAACAUUUGGACAACAUACGGCGUCGAAGUUAAAAUUUCUACAAAAGACGUAACCACUGAAAGAGGAUGUGAAGAUUUAAUUAAAGAAGCGAAUAAGCUUGGACCUGUCGAUGCUAUUUUUAACUUAGCUGUGGUCCUUAAGGAUACUCUCUUUGAAAACCAAACACAUGAAAAUUUCGAAACUUCCUUGGCACCAAAAGCUCGCGCUACACUCUAUUUGGAUCGAGUCACUAGAAAAUUGUGUCCAAAACUAAGGUACUUUGUUAUAUUUUCGUCAGUAUCAUGUGGACGUGGGAAUCCCGGUCAGAGCAACUACGGUAUGGCAAACUCUGUUAUGGAAAGGAUAUGUGAGAAUCGAAAGCGAGAAGGAUUACCAGCGGUAGCUAUCCAGUGGGGUGCAAUCGGUGAAGUUGGUUUGGUGGCGAAAAUGCAAAAGGAGAAUAAAGAGUUAGUGAUUGGUGGUACUCUUCAACAAAAAAUUUCAAGUUGUCUUGAAGUAUUGGAUGUGUUAUUGAAACACAAAUAUCCAGUUGUUUCUAGUAUGGUGGUUGCCAAAAAAUACGACAAAAGCGAUAAUCUUAGUGCAGUAGAAGCGGUUGCACAUGUUGUAGGAAUAAAAGACAUGAAAACUAUAAGUCAAUAUACGACAUUUGCGGAACUCGGUAUGGAUUCGCUAAUGGGAACUGAGAUUAUUCAACUUUUAGAGAAAGAUUUUGGGAUCUAUGUAACAUCCAAAGAUGUGAGAAGUUUAACAUUUGCAAAAUUGACUGAAAUGGAGGCAGAGAAAAUGAAAGCAUCUGGAGAAGUUGUAAACCAAAAAAUAGAAGAAGGCACAAAUUUGCUUAUUCAGAGCAUUCCCAAUAGCGAAACUAUCCAUCUGCCUGUUGUUAAAUUCAAUAGUCAAGUGGAACCACAUGUGGAAGCUCCUAUAGUAUUGGUGUUACCAGGAGUAGAAGGCAUCUUCACACCACUAGAAUAUUUAACGAAUUCAUUGAAAGCCCACGUAAUAGGAGUCCAGUACACCUAUAAAAAUUCAGAGGACUCUAUUGAAGAACUUGCACAGAAUACACUCCCGCACAUCGAAAAUUAUUUAACCAGAACCACCCCCUUUUACAUUAUUGGAUAUUCAUUUGGAACUCUAGUCGCUCUAGAAAUGAUCAGCUUGCUAGAAAAGAAUGGCUACACUGGUAUUCUGAUUUUAAUCGACGGUUCACCAGCUUAUUCAACUUCUUCUUUAAAAAAGCAAUUUGCGCAUGAAACGGAAGCUCAAUUCCAAACUGCUAUUUUGAGCAAAAUUGCUUCUUUCGUGAUUUCGUUGGAUGUAUUUUCGCAAUAUGAGGAAACUUUACUGAAAUGUAAAGAUUUUGAAGAAAGAAUCAAUUUGUUUUUGGCGCUGAUACCCCCCGAAACAAAUAACAAACAAAAGUUAGAAAAGCGGGCAGGUGUUGCACUAUACCACCGUUGCAAAGCUUUACUUAACUAUACAUUUAAAAAUAAGAAAAUUAAAUCAUCAGUGCAUCUGUUCAAGGCAAAACAUUCCAUGGUUGACGAAGAGGAUGAUUAUCAAUUAUCAAAAAUAAGCGAAAACCUAGCGGAAGUAAUUACGAUAGAUGGUGACCAUGUAACAAUUUUAAAGAACCCAGAUCUUGUGAAAGGUGUUAAUGAAAUCGUAGUCCAGAAAUAAUAAUUCGGGAUAAAAUAAACAUUUUCCUUUC